AUGGCAAGAUUGAACGAGCCCCCCGUGUCAACAGACGCCUUAGAAACUCUACGAAGGAGAUUCCUACGGCAGAACCGAGAUAUCGCAAAAAUCAACUCUGCUCAAUCACUGCGCAUCCGCUCCCUCGAAAGCGAGUGUGGACGUCUACUGUCGGACAACCUCGCCCUCAACAGCCGGAUACUAGAGCUGGAGAAUGAGCUCAAGGAGUACAAGGGCGCUCAAAGAAUAGCCGACCAUGCCCUCGAGAUCAAGACCAGGAUGGAGGCACAGCUUAUAGAGUGGGGAGCCAUGAUCCAGGGGCUGGGCGUGGAACCAGCAGCAAAACGGCACGUCUCAAUGUCUCCAGGCGGGACCAAGACCAGCAGACAAAGACACAGCGCCGACCUCAGCCCAGCAGCGAAGCGGAGGCCUCGAGACUCCAGGAGCGCGGAGGAGGCUGCCAGGCAGGAGGAAGGGCGGUUGCCGCCGAUUCACGAGAACAAGACUUACCCACGGAGGACGAUGAGGUACGUGGGCGCACAACAUGGACGUGCGGGGCUUUCGGAACCAGCUAACAUGCAGGACAGUCAUGCAGAGCUUGUCGCCAUAUGCACCGAUGCCGAAGACACCAAUGACUCGCCAGACCUGGGACCGCCGCCGACGUCGCGGUAUGUUGAGGAGGAUCCGAUCAAGAUUGACAGCCCCUCCAGGUCCACUAGUGUCCUCGAGACCAGCCCCAAGAUCAGGAGAGAGACCCUGGCGCCGCCUGAGUCGCCUCCACAGCUGAAACUCGACCCGAAGAAGAGGCCAAUACUGCCGACGGAGGCCGCCACAGCCACGAGCCCAGAGCCCACAAAGCCGGCGGCCGACGCUCCAGCUCUUCCUCUCGUGAAAGCCGGUUCUAAGAGGAAAUUUGGCGAUGAGAAUUACGAGAUCCAAGCUGCUGCGAAGUCUGGUGUGGACAAGGAGAAUGGCGACAGUAAACUUCUGUUAGACGACCCGCUUGCGACCACAGACCUCAAGAGCCGUGCCAGUGGGAAUGCGAAGGGUCUAUCAUCUCACAAGAAUGGUGCGAAGAAUGGACGAGGGGUGGGACGACCUCGGAAACCCUUGGCGGACAAGACCACGAACGACGAUCUGGUGUCGCCCAAGAAAACCAUCAAAGUAGCAACGAUUGACAACCUCAAGAAGGCGACGACAGAGUCGGAAAGGACCGUCGCACCACUCAAGAAGAAGAGAGUCGUCCCUAUCAAGCUGCCUAUACCUCAUCUCCCUGCCCCCACGGCGGUCAACCCACCAGAAGAACCAGCUACACCAUCUGCUGACCCCGGAAUUGUCUUCCCCGAAACCCCCGAGACCAAGUCCGUGGAGGCAAACCCAGGUGACACACCGCCUCCGGCCGACAUUUCAGUGCAUGGAGAAACAUCACGCCCUAGUAGGAGGGCAAGGCCAGCUAUCAGCUAUGCCGAGCCAAACCUUCGGGAUAAGAUGCGUCGGCCCACAAAGGAACUAUUUGAUGCUGUCUCUGGGGAAGGAAAGUUUGUCCGCUCCAGCUCAGCCCACCCUCUGGGUGUUCUAUCCUCAUCGAAACUCAAAAUCGAUGAUGAAAGCUCAGUGGAAGGGUCAUCAAAGCAGUCAGGGGAUGGAGAGAAGCCUAUCGGAGAUCGGGCAGCUCGCAGGCCUGCUUUAUUGAGUCCAUUGUUGUUGAAGGAAGCACCCAAAGACCAACCUGGGGAUUACUUCCCAGACUCUAUCAUCACCGAAAGGCGACGAAGGCCCUCCUCUAGGCAAAGCCAACUCUUCGAGCAGCAAGCGGACCCAGAAGGGCCCGAUGGGAAGGAAAAACAAGACGAAACCGAUCCCUACGAGUUCCGAAGCAUGUCCCCCGCCUCUGCACAGCCAAAAGAAAAUGCCACCCGGGGCCGGGUCACCAAGGGGAUGCGAAGGUCCAUGGCGGGUAGUGCUGGCGAGGCAGCCGAUGCGACGAUAAAGGAAUUCAGACCAUCUCGGAAGAGGGCAUCCAUGGCGGCACCGAGAAAAACCUCGAUGCUCGAGUGCCCCUUAGACGAGGACUCAUCAUUCGAAGCUAGUGGUGAUCCGACAAAGGCAGAGCCAUCCUCGAGUCUGAAGGACAGGGUGUCGAGGAGGAGGAGCAUGAUGUUGUGA